UCCCGAGUACCUCCUGCAAGCAGCCAGAGGGAACGGAGCCUCGGCCGGCUCCUGGCGAGUGCAGAAGCAGGACCAGAAGGACUGAGCUAAGGAAGCUGGGUGGGGGCGGGAGGGAGGUGCCACCAGGCACCCAAGGGUGGUAUUGCCCACUUAUCCAGCCAUGGAAGGGCCGUAUCGCCUGCUAUUGAUGCUGCUGCUGCUGCUUUUGGGGGUGUCCAUGGGGGAAGUGAAGGAAGAUUGCGCCACCGACCUGUACACGGACAGUGGCGAGUGCUGCCGGGCAUGCAACCAGGGCGAGGGUGUGGCCCAGCCCUGUGGGGUCAACCAGACUGUCUGUGAGCCUUGCCUGGACAGUGUGACUUUCUCAGACACAGUCAGUGCCACAGAAGCUUGCAAGCCAUGCACUGAGUGCGUGGGGCUGCAAAGCAUGUCAGCACCUUGCGUGGAGGCUGAUGACGCGGUGUGCCGCUGUGCCUAUGGAUACUACCAAGACGAGGAGUCGGGGAUCUGCAAGCCCUGCAGUGUGUGUGAGCCAGGCUCUGGCCUCGUCUUCUCCUGUCAAGAUAAGCAAAACACUGUCUGCGAGGUGUGCCCGGAGGGCACCUACUCAGAUGAGGCCAACCACGUGGACCCCUGCCUGCCCUGCACAGCCUGCGAGGAGACUGAACGAGAGAUCCGGGAAUGUACCCGAUGGUCAGACAGGGAGUGUGAGGAGAUCCCAGCCCGCUGGAUACCCCGGACUACAACUACAACUAUUGUGGGCUCCGAGAGCCCAGCCCCAGUCACCCAGGAGCCUCCUGAGCCCCCCGAGCCUGAAGCCGAGGCCAGCACAGUGGCUGAUGUAGUGACCACUGUGAUGGGCAGCUCCCAACCCGUAGUGACCCGAGGCACCACCGACAAUCUCAUCCCCGUCUACUGCUCAAUCCUGGCUGCAGUGGUUGUGGGUUUGCUGGCCUACAUUGUCUUCAAGAGGUGGAACAGCUGCAAGCAGAAUAAGCAAGGUGCCAACAAUCGGCCUGUGAACCAGACGCCAUCGCCGGAGGGGGAGAAGCUACACAGCGACAGCGGGAUCUCGGUGGACAGUCAAAGUCUCCAUGACCAGCAGCCCCAGACUCAGACAGCUCAAGUCCAAGCUCUCAAGGGCGAUGGAGGUCUCUACAGCAACCUCCCAGCGGCCAAACGGGAAGAGGUAGAGAAACUGCUCAACAGCUCAUCAGAGGAGACUUGGCGGCACCUGGCAGGGGAGCUGGGCUACUUGCCGGAGCGUAUAGACUCCCUCACUCGAGAGGACUACCCUGUCCGGGCUCUGCUCGACAGCUGGGCUGCCCAGGACAGUGCCACCCUGGACGCCCUCUAUGCUGCCCUGCGCCGGAUCCAGAGGGGAGACAUUGUGGAGAAUCUCUACAGCGAGUCCACUGCCACCUCCCCCGUCUGAGCAGGCACCAGGGCUCCCCUCCCUCCCCGCAGCCCCUUACCCUCAGCAUCCCAUGGGGCGGAGCCCUUCAGAUAUGAAGGAAACUGGAGAGGGAGGAGAGACUUCCUUCCAUCCAAGGGGACAUUCGCCCUCUUGGCUAAUGGUUACCCACUGGGGUGUCUUCUCCCUCACUCCCUCAGCAGCUCCUCAGACCCUCCCCACCCUUUCAGACUGUCUGACACUCGAGCCAAAUCCCCAGGGAAGAAAACUCCCAGGAGCUCCACUGGAGAGCAAGCCCCCUGCCCCCUGCUUUCUCUCCAAGGAGUAGAGGUCAAAGGUCAGGGCCUAGGUGGCCAAUUCUUCUCACUUUCCCUCUCUUGACCAUCCUGAUUUCCAUCUGUGAUAUCACCCCAUCCACCCUCACCUUCCUCUCUUUCGUGUUUCUCCCUGCCUCCUGCCUAAUAGGAACACUGUCCAGGGCGUCUGGUUAUAGAGAAGGAACUUGAGGUGGUGGAGGGUAAGGAGAAAGGGCACCCUCUUCUCCCUGUGACCACAGUGUCAGUGACAGAAAGGCAACUUGGUGGGAGGCAGGAGAUGUGCUCAUAUGGACUCAACACUGUGAACCCCGGGGGUGAAAUACUGUCCUCCGAUGAAUUUUUUUAUUCCUUACUGUUUUCUGUUAUUCCCACCCACCCCCUGGUCAGAGCCCCAGGGGGUGAAAAAUUACAGAAUCUUACAUGAUCAGACUUGCCAGGGACCUAAGCAACCACCUAGUUCUAGCCCUCCCUUUUUGUAGAUAAGAACACUGAGUGCUAGAGAGAGAGAAAUGACUUGUCCAAGGUCACACAGACACCCAUCAGUGAUAAUGGAAUCUUCUCUCUAUUCGGAAUAUAGGAAAGGGGAAAAUAGGGGAGCUUUUCCUGUAGCUAUAGGCUCACCCUAUCCUAGACUUCUAGGAGUCCCCUCUCCUUUGCCAAAAGGACCAGAGCUGUGGGACAGGGCUAUUUCCAUCAAUGUGCAACUGAGUAACCCAGCUGAAGGUCACUACCCUUGCUGGGGCCCCCACCAUCCCAUCUCACACACACACACACUUUUUCUCUUCAACAACCACUUUUUGUCUUUUGGGCUGGGACAGAAUCCUGUCUUGGGAAGCUGCCAGAGAAGAUUCUGAGAGAAUUUGGAAUCUGUCUUCCUCCUUCCUUUUCUUCACCCUGAGCUUGGCGGCUUCAGCCCUGGACCAAGCCAGGGUUCCCUCCUUUCUCUCUUCCCUUCCCGCCUCCAGAGUAGGAGAGAAGAGGCAGGCUGACCAUGCAAGAAAGCCCUUUUCUCCUCCUCCACUCCUAGGCCCUGUAGAAAGGGCAGCAGAGUUCCUUCCACCUGGGUCUGGGAUGAAGGAUGAUGAAGGCUGGGCAGAGCUGGGCUGGUGGCAGUACAGAGGAGAGCAAAACUUCAGAAUCAGGGAAGCAGGAUGGUGGGCAGGCAGGGAGAUCUCUCCCAGGUGUCGGGGGCCCAGAAGGGACUCUUCUCCCCAUCUUGAUCAUCAGGCAGAUGAAGGACAGAGGGGAAUGACCAACAUUUGUCAACGGAAUUCCGGAAUUCCGCCACCUUCUGCUCCCAUCCUGCUGUCCUCAGGCCUGGAAGUGAUGUUGCAAUAACCGUGAUGCUCUUUCUACUUGUCCUGGAGUAAAGAAGAGAUCCCAGCCCCUGGAGAGGCCCUCCCUCUUGGGUUGGGGCAGGGCUCUCCAGACCCUGUGGAAGGAAGGAAGCAAGGAUUUUUAAAUUUUUGAUGUGGAGGCAGGGCAGAAUCAUGAAGGAAACUGUGGCGAACCGGAAACUUUGUACAUAAUGCCAUCUCUUUGACUUGGUUCUGUCUGGGGGAAUGAGAGGCUCAUCCUUGUGGUCACACCCUGAAGCAGAGUUUUAUUUAUUUCUCCCUCCCUUUGAGAAGGAGGGGGUUGUUGGCAUGGGGGUGGGGGUGGGAGCUGCUCCACUUGGGAGAAGGUUUUGCAAGUAUGUUUUAGCAUGUGUAUGGGUGCUUGGCCCCUCUGACCCUGAAAUCGCCUUUUUUGCCCACCCCCAUUAGAUUGGCGGGUGACAUUCCUCCUUUUUCCCAUGGG